UCUCAUUUCUUCUGAACCCAAAAACCUCAACUGUCUACCGUUAAUAAUUGAAAUAAUUCAUCCAACAUAGUUGUAGUAUCCAUGGAGGAUUCUUCUAAUAAUAACAAUACUUGUGAGGACACUAAGAUUUGUCCCCGCGGUCACUGGCGACCCGCCGAGGAUGAAAAGCUUCGCCAACUUGUUGAACAAUAUGGUGCUCAGAAUUGGAAUUCCAUUGCUGAAAAACUUCAAGGAAGAUCAGGGAAAAGUUGUAGAUUAAGGUGGUUCAAUCAGCUAGAUCCAAGAAUCAACAGGAGGCCAUUCACGGAGGAGGAGGAAGAGCGGUUACUGGCGGCGCACCGCAUUCACGGCAACAAGUGGGCCCUGAUAGCGAGGCUAUUUCCGGGAAGAACAGAUAACGCCGUCAAGAAUCACUGGCACGUGAUCAUGGCAAGAAAGCAAAGAGAGCAAUCCAAGAUUUGUGGCAAAAGAACCUUCCAAGACAUGAUGAUUUUCAAUAAUAACAACAACGAUUCCAAUUCUUCUUCUUCUUCCAGUAACAUCAUCAAGAGACCAGCAAGAGUAAUCGGGUUAGAAUAUUCCAGAUUCUUCGAUUUUCGCAACCUCGAUAGCAAUAAAGCUUCUACUUCUUGGAAUUUCGCAUCUUCUGUUCCGCCAGUAACUGAUUCUUUUAGAAAAGGAGGAGGAGGAGGAAAAGACUAUUUCACCAUCAACGGUUCCAAUAUUUAUCUUCCAGAAGGUUCUAGAACCUCCGAUAGAUUCUAUUGCAGAGUUUUCCCGGGUCCUUCUACUACUACUACUGCUACUACUGCACCAUUUGGUUCCUCUAAUGGAUUCUCAUCAUCGCUCCAAAACUACAAGAGGAUCGUUCCGAAUCCCUUCGCCUUCAAGGGUAGUUCUACGGAGAAGGAGAAAGAAGAAGAUCAUGAACCUAAAAAUGAAGUUCCUUUCAUUGAUUUUUUGGGCGUCGGUGUCUCUUCUUCCUAGAAAAUUAAAACAUAUUUUAAUUAAUUAACUUUAUAUAUGCUUAAUUAAUUAUAUCAUAUAAAUAUAUAUAUAGUUUAGUAGCUUCCUAGCUAGCUAGCUAGCUGUAUUUAGUUUAUAUAUUUUUUUCACUCCUUGAUUAUGAAUUCUAGGAAUUAGAAAUUAUGAAAUACUACCUAGUUAGUUCUAGCUAGUCCAUCAUCCUCUGCAUGAGGCUCCAUCAAGCAAUCAAUCAUCAUAUAUAAGGUAUGCUUCAAUUAAGAUUCAAGGUUAUCUUACUUCUGAUUUUGUUUAACUAAUUAGAGUGAUCAAAAUUUCCAACUUUUUUGUGAUUAGGAUUUAGGAAUAUGAUAAUAAUAUUGAAGUCUUGUCUUAAUUACGGUGAAAACUCAUGUGCAGUCGACUUCACGUCAAGUUAAUAUUUGAGAGUCGUUAAAUAAAAAUUUAGUCAAAUCAGUCAAAUCAUCUAACGACUCUCAGUAUCAACUUUACGUGAAGUUAACUGUCCCUGAGUUUUCACCCUUAAUUAUACCAAGGGAUAAAGUUUUGAGUAUGGUAUUUGCUUUGCUAGACUUGAAUUUUAUUGAAGAUAUUGACUGAAAUUUCUUGUUUCUCUCUGUAAUGACAAAA